AUGUGCUUCCUGCUCCUGUGCCUGGCCCUGACCCUGGCGGGGACAAGCGCCGUAGCCCCCCAUCCAGGCGUCGAUAUCCAUUCCCGGAUAGUUGGAGGUUGGGAAUGUGACACACAUUCCCAGCCCUGGCAGGCACUUCUGACCCUCACAAACCAGCACAAUGGAAUAUGUGGGGGUGUCCUCGUGCACCCCCAGUGGGUGCUCACAGCGGCCCACUGCAUUAGAAACAAUUAUAAAGUCUUGUUGGGGCUUCACGACUGUUUCUCAAAGGAUGGCACAGUCCAGGAAGUCCCCAGCACCAGCUUCCUGCACCCUCUCUACAACAUGACACUCCUGAACCUCCUGCGGAGUCCCAACUUGAACAUGACCUACUACUAUAAGACCUUCAGUGGAGCGGAUUUCAGCCACGACCUCAUGCUUCUGCACCUAGAGCGGCCCGUCCAGCUAAUGCCCGCAGUGCAGGUCCUGGACUUGCCCACGCAGGAGCCCCAAGUGGGAGGCAUGUGUCUUGCCUCUGGCAGGGGCAGCAUCAAUCCAUACUAUGAAAAUUCCAUCGUUCGUCCUGAGAAAAUCCAGUGUGUGGAUCUCACACUCCUGUCCAAUGAUGUAUGUUCCCGCGGCCACAUGUUUAAGAUUACUGAGUUCAUGCUGUGUGCUGGACACAUGAUGGGUAGCAAGGAUAGCUGCACAGUGAGCAUGGGGCCACUCAUCUGUGAUGGGGUAUUUCAAGGAGUCACAUCCUGGGGCUCUAACCUCUGUGCUCAAACAAAAAGGCCUGGAGUCUACAUCAAAGUAUUCUCAUACGUCAACUGGAUCCAGGAGAUCAUUGCGACACACGGCUAA